GGCUUCCCCAGUCACAUAUGUGGCGCCUUAUAAAAACUCAACUAUUCACCGGCAUCCACUCACACUGGAGGGCAAACGAGCCGACGGCCGGUUAUCAGCCGGUGAGGAUAUAGAGACGCAGACUCUGAGUCCGGAGCCGUCCAAUGUUCCCCUCCUCCGCCGGAAGCCCGCAGGAUUUACCUCCAUUGUGUUUAACCAUCGCAACAUUUGGCUCUUUGGGAUUACAGACUGGCGGAUCCAUAACACGCAGCUGCUGUUAGAAACAAAACGGAUGUCAGUGUGGUGGUUAGACAUGGGAGAGGUUUCAGGGCCUCUCUCCACUGUAGGAUGGUAGCCGACAGCACAGUGGAAGGCCAUGAGCGGACCGCCUUACCGAGCACAUCGCCAGCACCCUCGUCCUCUUCAUCAGCGGCAGCGCCGACCAGCAAGCAGUCGGAGCAGCUUCAGCGCCAGGCUGGUCCCAACCCGAGCCUGAAAACCGGGCCCGCCCGCUCUGUGUACCUGACGCAUUUCCCCACCUUCGCCUCCAAGGAGGACUGCAGCAUCAUCACGGACACGGCCGCCAAGCUCGAGCGCAGCGGCUUCUACUGGGGCCCGCUGGGAGUGGAGGAGGCCCACUGCAUGCUCCGCGACGCCCCGCUGGGCAGCUUCCUGAUCCGGGACAGCCGGCAGAAGGACGUCUUCUUCACCCUGUCCUACCUCGACAAGAAAGGGCCCGUGAGCGUGCGCAUCGACUACAAGCGGCAGAAGUUCUCGCUCGCCGGCAACCAGCGCUCCUUCCCGACGCUCUUUGCCCUCCUGGAGUAUUACGUGAACUCGCCCAAGAAGAGCCUGACCACGCCGUACAGGAAAUGGGAGCCCACGCUGCAGGAGCUGUGCAGGAGGCGGAUCAUGGAGGUGUGCGGAGGAGAGAGUCAGAUAUCGGAGCUGCCGGUCACGCACGUCGUGAAAGAUUUCCUGCUGGAGUUCCCUUACAAGCUCUGAGCGGGCUGCCGCGUAACCUUCUGACUGUAUUGGUCUUUAUUUCAAGAUGGCAGCUUUUACCAAGUAGCAGUGCAGCACACGGGUUAGUAGAGCCUCCGCAUCAGGGAUCCGAGGCGGAGGCUGC